AUGAACAUGUCUUCGUCCAUUCAAGUAUACGAUUCUCCGCUAGGCGUGGCCCUCAAUCCGGACUUCCUCAUCGAAGUCCAGUCAAUCGACUCAGACGACCAUUACCAAUGGUCUAAAGUGCCUGCAUAUGCCACCGAUGUGGCUAGCAUCAACACCAGCGCGAAUAAAUUUGAUCGACAUUCAAUUGCCGUAGCUUCAUUCGAUUUCAGCGGCCCAGUGAAGAUCAAAGUCACCUAUACGAGAAGCGGCGUCGAUGCUGCAGUUGUUCGGCCUCGUUCCCUUGGAAUUGAGACGGUAUUGGAGGAAAAAACGAUUCUCUUUACACUGGAAAAGCCCCGAGACUUGAUGCUCGAACUAAACGGUGACAAACGGAAAGCUCUCCACUUGCUCACCAACGCGAUCGAUCUCACGGCGCCGACCGAAGACAGUGAUGAUGUCUGGUAUUUUGGGCCAGGGAUCAAUCAAGGCUCUGCGACAUCCUUGGUCACCGACGGCGUCAAUCUUAUAGUCCCAUCGGGGAAAACUGUUUAUCUAGCUGGUGGCGCUUUCAUCACGUUCCGCUUGAAUUUCAUCGAUGUUUCCAACAGUGCUCUCCGGGGUCAUGGAUUCGUUCUAGGACCCAAGGGCGGUUACACUCAGAGAGAACUGGGCGGCGCGAUUCACAUGAGUCGAGCCUCAAAUAUUCGUGUUGAGGGUGUCACUUCACUUAGUGCGAUGGGAUUCAGCCUCUCUGCUGGUGAAUGCAAAGAUGUCACAGUCAACAGAUACCGAUCGUUCUCGUCCGCAGGUAAUGGGGAUGGAAUCGACUUCUUUUGCUCGUCAAAUAUUACCAUUGAGAACUGCUUUUUGCGAAACUCAGAUGACACAAUUGCUCUCUAUUCACACCGUUGGGACUGGUAUGGCGACUCGACGAAUAUUCUCAUUCAGAAUUGCGUAUUGCUUCCAGAUGUGGCCCAUGCCAUCAAUAUGGGAACACAUGGGAAUCCCGCAAAGCCGGAAACGACAAGCAACGUGACAAUCAGAAAUAUUGAUAUCCUGGAUCACGAGGAAAAUCAGCUGUGGUAUCAGGGAUGCAUAGCCAUCAAUGCUGCAGAUGAGAAUUUGUUCCACGAUAUUCAUAUCGAGGAUGUACGAGUUGAGCGCAUUACUCGCGGUCAGCUUUUGAAUAUUCGUGUGAUGCAGAAUUCGAUGUGGACUACAGCUCCGGGACGAGGUAUUCGAAACGUCACUUUCAAAAAUUUGUCUUUGAAUAUGCACGACUCCAAAGUCGUCAAUCCAUCGAUGAUACUUGGCUAUGAUCAGAGCCGGGGAAUCGAAAACGUUGCAUUCAAGAAUUUGCGAGUAGGGGAGAAGGAGAUUCAUGAGACAAUGGAAAAGCCCCGAUGGUAUAUGAUAUCGGAUUUCAUUCCUUUGUUUUUAAAUGAGCACGUCAAGGGAGUCAAUUUCAUGAAAGGGGCAUGA